CUCCCGCACACGUCAGCUAGACAGCGCCAUCUACGGUGUAGCAAGUCGAGUGUAUGUAAUGUGGAGUAUACGGUGGUACAGAUAAAAGAUUUUAUAUAGGAUAACUUUUAGGGUGUAGAACAGAGCCUGAUUAGGAAAUCAGCAUGGUACUUAUUGCUGCUGCAGUAUGUACCAAAGCGGGCAAGACUAUUAUCUCUCGCCAAUUUGUGGAAAUGACAAAGGCCAGAAUAGAAGGUCUGCUUGCAGCAUUUCCCAAGUUAAUGAGCACUGGGAAACAACAUACAUUUGUAGAAACAGAAUCUGUCCGUUAUGUGUACCAACCUCUUGAAAAGCUCUAUAUGCUAUUAAUUACCACCAAGGCUAGUAAUAUUCUGGAGGAUCUUGAAACCCUUCGGCUCUUUGCCAGAGUGAUACCAGAAUACUGUAAAUCCAUGGAUGAACUUGAGAUUGCAGAAAAUGCUUUUAAUCUCAUUUUUGCAUUUGAUGAGAUAGUUGCUUUAGGCUAUCGGGAGAGUGUUAACUUGGCACAAAUUAGAACUUUUGUGGAGAUGGACUCGCACGAAGAGCGUGUAUACCAAGCUGUAAGAUUCACUCAGGAACGUGAGGCCAAAAAUAAGAUGAGAGAAAAGGCCAAAGAACUUCAUCGGCAAAGAAUGGAAGCUAAUAAGAAAGGUGGAUUCAAAAGUCCAGGUUAUGGUGGUGGCUAUGGUGGUAGUGGAGGAUUUACACCUAGUGUAGGUGAUUCAGCCAACUAUGUACCAGAGAUCGUAAAACCCGUCUAUGCCUCCAUGCAAAAACCAACCUCUUCAGGUUCUGGUGCUAUGAAACUUGGUGGAAAGGCACGCGAUGUAGACUCAUUUGUGGAUCAAUUAAAGGAAGAAGGUGAAACUGUAGUCACAUCACCGUUAGCUGCUCCCGGAGUGAAAGCUGCUCCAAUAUCUCCUCAGAUUAUCAAUACAGAACCAAUACACUUGAGGCAAGAGGAAAGGCUGAACGUCCGCGUGAGUCGUGAUGGUGGAGUUCAGAAUUUUGAAUUGCACGGCCUAGUGACCCUUCAUAUUUCUGAUGAAAAGUGGGGCCGCAUUCGUGUGCAGUUAGAGAAUCGUGAUUCGCGCGGCGUACAAUUGCAAACUCAUCCUAAUGUCGACAAAGAGCUCUUCAGGACGCGUGGACAAAUAGGUCUUAAGAUACCAACCAAGCCAUUCCCAUUGAAUACCGAUGUGGGUGUAUUGAAAUGGAGAUUGCAGGCUCAGGAUGAUACUGCUUUACCAAUUUCAAUCAACUGCUGGCCAUCGGAGAACGGAGAAGGCGGCUGCGAUGUGAAUAUUGAGUACGAGCUUGAACAGGAUGACCUUGAACUUAAUGACGUGCAGAUAAAUAUACCCUUGCCAAUCGGUUGCAAUCCUGUCGUGAAUGAAUGUGAUGGUCAAUAUAAUCACGAAUCACGUAGGAAUACUUUGGUAUGGUCAUUGCCACUUGUGGAUGCGUCGACGAAAUCUGGAUCCAUGGAGUUUUCAGCGGCAUCCAGUACUCCGUCAGAUUUCUUUCCUCUUCAUAUUUCCUUCUCUUCGAAGACGUCCUACGCGAAAAUCAAGGUUACAGAAGUGCUCUUCGUGGAGGACGAGAGUCCCGUCAAAUAUUCCGUAGAGACGGUUUUCUUCACUGACAACUACGAAGUUGUUUAGUUUAAACUGGUUAGAAUCCUCAAAAAUUUGUAUUUAUACACGAUACCUGGAAUAGUAAUUAGGCGCACACCAGGACGAAGCAUUAAUUCCAAGGUAAAUAUAUAUAUAUAUACCAGGUUAAGUAUAACGUUUCAAAAUACACGGAUUCUUAUGAUAAAAGUAUUGUUAUAAUUGCGAGUUUUAUCUUGUACCCAUCGAUGUCUCCUUUCUAACUUGUCCGGAAUAUCAUCCGUAAUGGUUUAAGAUAGAAUUUUUUGUCUAUGUGAGGGAAACUAGAAUUGUAUUACGACAAUUUUUGUAUAACAUUGGGAUAUUGAAAGCUCCUGCAUUAUAUGAGUAUUCUUAUUUGUUAAUACAAGAAAAUGGAAAUCCAACGAUUAUUAUUCUGGAAAUUAAAUAACGUGAAUUUUUAUAACUAUCCUUGAAAGAAGAAGAAACAGGAAGUAAUAGGAAACGAUAAUCAUUGUCCCCUCAUAUCCUCAUUGUCUUCUACUUUACAGUUAAGUAAUCUUGUGCAGAGCUACAAAUGCCAACAAUUUAUUUAACAUGUAAUAAAAAGGCUAGCCCAUUCUAUACGGAGCCCUUUGAAUAUUAAUGGAAUUAUUUUAUAAAUAAAGAUAUAUUACAU